AUGACUAUGGACCCUGUUAAAGCUAAAAAGGUGUUUGAGACAUACGCCACGGACAAGUUUUUAGAUAAAAGUAAAUUCAAAGAGGCACUUGGUGCACUUUUUGAGGUCGACUAUAAAGAUGAAAAUAUUGACGAGGCGUUUGAGGACCUAUUUAAAAUGGCGGACGGCAAAGGGAUUUUCAAUAAAAAAGAUAGCAAAAUCAAUUAUAGUGAGUUCAACAAUUUGUGCAAAUUACUUCCAGCAAAGUGGGAAUGUCCAAAACAAGUUAUUUUGACUCUCCUAUUUAGACUAGCUGAUACUAACAAUAGUGGUAAAUUGAACAAAAAAGAGUUCGCUUCAUAUAUCAAAAAGACUUCUAUUGAUAUGAACAAUGAUGAUAUGCUUGUUGUGUAUGAGCGAUUGGAUUCAAACGGUGAUGGUAAGAUAACUUAUGAUGAGUUCAUCCAAUUGUAUGGGCUUAGUGAUAAUUAA